GUCAAUAGUUGGAAGUCAUCUUUUUUUAUCUUAAUCCUUGACAAUCGGUUUGACCCACCGCAGUUACGGCGUUCUCCGAUCUCACGAUGCGCCUGCUAUUCAGUUACCUAGCAUGCGUGAUAACGAUUGGCACGGUGACCGGAAGUCCUUUAACGUACAUACAUGGACCACAACCGGACCUUCUUGACGAACAAUCGAUUAUCGAGGAAAAUGCCUUGGAUCGCGAGGUCUCACCUCACGAUGUUAUCUAUCACGACGACCGAGAUGCUUCCAGACAUGCCGACAAUAAAGCGGAAUACACGAGGGAGUGGACUUUUAUCUACAAAGGAGGGCCAACGGUGUUCACCGCUCCCGAAAGAUUUAGGUUCGUGACCGAAUGCCAAGCUUCCGGAAGUCCCUCACCCCAGAUCUAUUGGUUGAGAGGUGAAGAUCCUCAGAAGCAGUUAAACGAGCUGAUAGGCAACAGCGUAGCGGAUGUGAAGUCAUCGCCUGGCACGAUCGCGAAAGUAUCUUCAAAAUUGGUAAUCGAUUGCGUCUCGCCAAGCGACGUGGGUAAUAUCUAUUGCGCCUCCGUGUCCGGAAGCAAGACGGCUAUCUCGAGUCCCUUGGUGUUCCGCGUGAUCGAAAACACCACGGGGCGCAACCACAGCGGCUGUGGAGCCGAGAGCCAACCCACUGUCACCAUGUUUGCCCCCACAAUGUUGGCAUUCAUCGGCAGCAGAGUCGUCCUGCCCUGUAGGGCCAGUGGAAGGCCCCGGCCCCAUACUUACUGGCUAGAUAUUAAUGGAAAACUCGUCAAUCCCUCGGAGAAUCCGCGAUUCAAGGCUCUCAGCAGCGGCGAGCUGGUAAUCGACCCUCUACGAUGGGAAGACAUGGGGGGCUACUCGUGUGUAGCAAGGUCUGGCAGAUUGGAAGAUUCGGUUACUACCUUCCUCUAUCCCGUUUUGAACACCAACGAACAUAGCUAAAGGGACCAUCGGCCGGGAUGUGGAGAUGAAAACGAAGAUAUUGGACUAUUCCAAUUGCAGUCCGAAUUAGCCAAGAGUACGAUCGAUCGCCGUAGUCGCGUGGGCCUUUCAGUAGAC